UUCAAGUUGCAUUUACACCUGCGAUAUCCUUGGUACUUAGCGCACUCGUACCAGCUGUUGUUUGUGUGGUGUGUGAACGACACGCAGGCACAGGGACACCGCAGCAGCGGGCUCCAUCCGCCGCGGACACCGGCUCCUUCCGGCCGGCACACCGUGGACCAGAGACUCGUCACGCGGAGAGCGGCGCAGUUUCUCGGGGAGGCCGAGAGGAACCGGAGGCAGAUUGAAAAGCUGGAGAAAGAGAGGCCAUUGAGUGGCUGCCCGGCUGUGUCUGGUGAACUGGAAGAGCACAAAAAACUCCUGGAAGAAAAAAGAAAUGCUGAGAAGAUGAAUCUUCAAAGGCAGUUAGUGAAGAUUCAUAAUGGUGUGAGGAAGUUUCAAAGACAGCUAAUAGAUGUGAAGCCGACUCCUCAGAUGAUCGAAAGACUGAAGGAGAUAAUGUCAGAGGUGGAAAUCUCUAUUAACUCCCUGAAGGAGGAACAGCGUUCAUGCUUUGAGGAACUUUUGAAGGAGGAGAGGAUCUGCCGACAGGAGACUGCUGCUUAUGAGAAGAAGAUUGAAAACUUUCCUGAGAGCGUUUCUGUCAAACCAGACCCCAAAACACACACGGCUCCAACUGUCAAGACCCGGCCCCUGGACAGAGACUUCCCUGCAGAGGUCAGAGCACUAGAGUCUUUCCUUCUGCAGACAGGGGGCGCUUGUGGUGGCUGGGACCAAUUCGACCACCAAACCUUCUUAAGGGUUUGGACAAAGCACGGUGGGAGACCAGCCUACAGGAAAGAGGCCAAGCUGUACUUGCCUGGUUUGACACUGGAGGAGAUUGAGCAACACGAGAGGUGGCAUCAGGAGCUGAUCCACCUACAGGGCGAAAAGAGAGAGGCUAUACAGCGAUGGAAAGCCGGCAAGCACCGGGAACGCCAGUCCAGAAUACAGAGUCAGGAGGAGGCAGAGGAGGCUGGAAGGAGGGAGAAGGAGGCCAAUAGUCAGGCCCACCAACACAGGGCUGAGGAGCAGAGGGUUGAGGCAGCGCGACGAAUGGAGGAAUGGAAGGAAGAAAAGAGAAGGAAUAAAGAAAAGGAGGAGGAGCAGAAGCGGGCUGAGGAGAUUCAAAAAAGGAAACGGGCAACGGAAGAGCGUCGCCGGCAGCUGGAAGUAAAGCUGACCAUCGAGGAGCAGCUUCGGCUGAGGAGAGCGGAGGAGGAGGAACAGCAGAGGAGGGUCAAAGAGGAGGAGCAGAGGGGGGUGGACGAGAGGAGCAGGGAGGCAGCAAAGGUCAUCAAACGCUUUAGUGAAAGGGAUCUUCACAAAGUGGAGGCAAAGCUUCAAGAGAAACGGAUGAGGGCAAAAGAAGAAGAGGAAAGACGGAGGAGGAUCACUGCUCUGAUGAAGGAGAGGGUGGAUGGUCACAUCAGCAGAGACCCCUCCAGGGUUACCCGUCCCACUAAGGGAUGGGAGGAGCGAAUGAAACACAUUGGAUCUUCAGGAGGAGGCCCUGUCCUACAGAUGUUUCACAGAGCUGUUCCAACUUGGAGAGAAGGCCUGUGACGAGCAACAAUAUAAGUCAACCAAAGAGUCCAGAAAUAAUGCUGCUUCCAAUUACUAUGUUCCUGUCUAAUAUGUGUGCCAUUAAUGAUAUUGA